CACCCCAUGUACAACACCACUAGGUAGUAACCCUAGUGAGGACAUUGCAAAUUUUCUCUAAUCUUUUCAAAACCCUAACUCAUCAUGCCUCCCAAACCCUCCAAAAAGAGGUCUAAACCCGAAUCUAGUUCCUCCUCUGUAAAAGCCUCACAUUAUGAGGAUUAUCUGUUGUUUAAACCUCUUGUUAGAAAAUAUAGGGAACUUUGUAAACUAAAAAUUCUCCCAACUAGGUAUAUCAAGUAUCCUGAACUGGCCAUCUAUAAAACUCAGUCUCUUCUUCAUAAUGUUGGGUUGGAUAAAUUGUUUGAUGAAAGUCUUAAAGUUCCUUAUUAUCCUUUCUUAGUUUAUCUGUUUUAUGCUAACAUGUCCACAUCAUCCUCUGCUGAUGGCAGCUUGACCAUUUCCUCUUCUGUUAAAAAUGUGGCAAUAGCUUUUACUGCCAACGAACUUGCGGGGAUUCUUCAAAUCCCAACAAGUGACGUUGAACUUAGGUCUAUUGAGCUUAGUGAUCCUUCAGUCAAUCAUCAAAUGUUUUCACCUGGAUGCUCAUAUCCUAUGAACAAUAAUUCCCUUAAUCCCAUUGCCAAACUAAUUGCUAGAAUUAUUGCUCAUAAUUUGAUUCCCAAGACUGGGAGUUUUGAUCACUUCGCCUCUGACAAGAUUAAUGCUGUUUAUGCCAUCUUUGCUGAAAUCAAAGUUGAUUGGGCUACCAUCUUUAUAAAUAACAUGGCAUCUAAACACACCAAGUUUCUACCAUUUGGUUCCUUUUUCACUCUCAUUUUUCAACAUUUCAAUGUUGACCUUACAAAUGAACCUAAGGUUGAAUCCACAAGAGAUUUCUUUGAUAAAGUUUCCCUUUCCAGAAUGCAUAUAUCUCUUGACUCCACACCAUCUUCUCACUCCCGUUCUAGAGCCUCGACCUCUUCCACUUCUUCCACUUCUGAGAUUUGUGACCGUCUUGAUCGUCUUGAGACUCAUGGUGAUGGUGGUGGUGAUGAUGGUGGAGGUGGUGAUGUGAUAGUAGUGAUGAUGUUGGUGGAGGUGAUGUCUGAUUUGAGCUUCGUCAUGUGA